AUAUUUUCUGACAUUUACAUCACUCGCGUAAAAUUUCGAUACACUACACACAUCAUCAGAGGCGCAGAAGCAUUUUUGCUUGGUUUCGAAGCUGAUUGAUGCGCCUAGCAGUGAAAGUUUAGUGCAUUUUAUUAUUCCUUGUGGUGUUUAUUGGCUUUAGUUUACGGACGUUGUUAUCGGUUGCUUCGGAGUGCAUUUUGGUAGUGGAAUCUGUAGUCAUUAGUGACACGACAAGAGUGUCCGGAUUGGUCAGCGGAUCCAAAUUGUUAAAGGCGCUUCACUUAUGUUCGUGACUGAGCCGUGCCCAUUUGCGUUCGUCAUCGCAAUUAUCGUUUAGUUCGAACGGCAGCUGCUACUUUCGUAUAAAUCUACCCUCUUAGAUAAAUAUUUGCACAAAAAGGAACAGUGAGUGAAUGGUAGGAAAGGCAGCAAAAGCAGAAAACUGUUAGCAGUUGUGGUUUUUCCUGUUUUGUGGUGCAGUCUGCUGGAGGAACGAAUCAGAUAUCUACUAUGCCCAACAAGUAACGUAAAAUAAGAAUCGAUGACAUCGCACGGAGAAACCUCCCUCAAUCCCCCAAUCAUGACGUGUAAAAUUGAUUUCAGCGAGUGUUUGAAGGAUUCUCCCAAGUUCAGAUUACGUCUCGAACAGGAAGAAAAUGAGAUUGAUCAUUUGGAGCAAAAGCUAGAGAAGGUCAUAAAAAUGUGCAGUGUAGCCGUCGACAGUGGAAAAGAAUACAUCCGAAACCAAAGUGCAUUCGCCACUUCGUUGUGGGACCUUCAGAAGCACUUCCAGGAAGAUAAAUCCUCCACGAGUGCUCUGACCACCUUGAUCCACUGUCUGCAGGAAAUGAACAAAUUCCACACCACCCUACUGGACCAAGCCAGUAGAACUGUGCUGAAAAACUUGACAAGCUUCUUGAAAAAGGACGUCAAAGAGGUCAAGGAUUACAAGCAAAUCUUUACGAAAGUUUCGGAAAACUUGGAUGCGGCAGUUUAUAAGAACGCGCAGGUCAAUAAGAACCGACCGAUCGACAUUGUCGAAGCGGAAAACUUACUUUCCGCAACAAAGUCAUGCUAUAACCAUGCGGCCCUUGAUUACGUCAACUACAUCACUAUGCUACAGAAUCGCAAACGCCAUGAAAUUCUUGCCACGAUUUUAAGUUACAUCCAAGCCUGUAGCACCUACUUCCAUCAAGGAUCGGACCUCUGUGAAGACUACGGCUCGUUUUUCAAGACUCUUGACGAAGAAAUAAGCAACAUGCGUGCAGAAUACAACGUACUCGACAAGCAGAUGCAAAAUCGUCACACGUGCGUUAACGAGCUCCUCGAUGACGGUGAACGGUCUCUUUCUUCCUCCACUGGUGGAACACCAUCGAUCAUCUCCAACGCAUCUUGCUCAGCUGGUGAUAGCUCAGACCUUCGAGCUUCCCAGCCGUACACCAACCGACCUCUGAAUCACAUGGAGGGCUACCUGUUUAAGCGGACGUCCAACGCUUUCAAAACGUGGAACAGACGUUGGUUUUGCAUGCGAGACAACCAGCUGUUCUAUAGGAAGCGGAUGGGCGAAGAACUACCCACGGUCAUGGAGGAAGAUCUUCGGCUGUGUACAGUGCGAUUGCUGUCCGAUUCGGACCGCCGGUUUUGCUUCGAAGUCAUCUCACCGACCAAAUCCCACAUUCUGCAGGCCGAUUCAGAAGCGAUGUUGAUGGCUUGGUUUAAAGCACUGCAAAAGGGAAUCGAUUCGGCGAUACAGUACCACAGUCCGUACAGCAGUGACAUGCGGGGCAUCGCUAGCCAAUCUCCCACUGAUGAAAGCGCUCCUAGCAGUAUCGGGGGUGAUGGGAGUUCCAGCGGAAAGAGCAGUGAUCCCAGGAAAGGUGUCAAGAAAAUCAACUGGACUCAAAUUCUCCGCAUUCCCGGCAAUGCGCGCUGUUGCGACUGUGGCAACACGGAUCCCAAGUGGGCAUCGAUCAACCUCGGUAUCACGCUAUGCAUUGCGUGUUCGGGAGUUCAUCGCAGCUUGGGCGUACACUACAGUAAAGUUCGCUCGCUAACUCUAGAUGUGUGGGAACCGGAAAUACUUCGGGUCAUGAUAGAGCUCGGUAACGACGUGGUCAAUCGAAUCUACGAGGCUAACACGGCAAAGGUGAAUCGAUUUGACCGCGCCACCGACAACUGUGAGAUAUCGGUUCGUGAAGCGUGGAUUAAGGCAAAGUACAUCGAUCGGAAGUUCGUACUUCCGUUGGACAGUACGGGAGGAUUGGGAUUAGAUCCCACGCCUACCAGUACGUCUUCCUCGACUUUAUCGUUCAAAAGUUUGGACAACGAUAGCUCGAGAUAUCCGGAGAAGUGGAGUAUCAAAAAGUUGAGGCGUAGGAGUUAUCGGAAGCUACUUAGGAAGAAAAAUAAGGAAGAAGCUGGGGAGGGACAUUCAAGCGGUGGAACUACGGAUACGGAUCCGGAUGCCGACGAAAAAGAUGUAAACCUAAACAUUCCAAAGAAAUUCAACGACAUUCUGUUGAUUGGUGAUACCAUAAUCGAGAACGAUCACAACUUUACCGAUGAACAUCUCCUACUUCUCAAUUCGGACCAAGAAUCUACCAGCGGCGAAGAAGACAAUGGAAUAAUGGAGUGCGAAGACUUCGACAAGCUGAAUCCAAACUUCCUUUUGUACAAAGCAGCAAGCGGUCAUAAUUUGCCAGUGAUGUGCCAAGCGAUGGCCCUUGGGGCGGACAAAAACUGGACCAACCCCGAAGAAUUCGACCGAACAGCGUUGCAUGCAGCCAUUCUUUCCGGGUCGGUCAUGUCCUGCGAAUUUCUCCUGAUCAACGGCUGCAACAUUAACACUACGGACAAGAACGGCUACACGGCCCUGCAUUUGGCCGCGGAAAACGGUUCUACUGCCCAGGCAUACCUACUCCUCAAACACAAAGCCAAAUAUGACAUCAGGGCUGUGAAUCGAAAGCUUCCCAUCGACAUUGCGGUGGAACGGACGGAUGCCGAUAUCGUGACGCUGUUGAGGCUAGCACAGCUGAACGACGAAAUCGGUCCCGGCGAGGAGGGAUGCAACUACCUGGGCGGUGAUUCGACCUACACUGAUGUGAUGAACGAUUUUUCCCACCUUACCAGCAAUCAACCCUACCGGUUGCAGAAGAAUCGAAAUCCGGGAGGGGCAACACCCGGUGAUUUGAGCCUGAGCUCAAUGGCGUCCUCUUCUGUCUCUAGUGCUUCCACGAUGGUUCCGACGGAUACCGUUGUCACCGAUUUAGAUGAGCAGAACGAAGGAAAAUAGGACACAUUCGUUGAAAUUCGUUCCAGAGCAGGUUUCAUGAACUAUUUUAGAUUUGUUCAUAAUCGGUUGAAAGUUAUGAACUAUUGUUAUCGAAUCCCACAAAUUCUAGAGCUGAGAAUAGAACUGCAGUUGCAUGGUUUGUACUUAUGGCAUUUAGACAUGAACAAUAUUGUACACGUGUACAAAAAUAUGUUAUACUUGUCACAGACGACACUGACAACGAAAUACGGAGUGCAUUUUUUAUGCUUAACCACAAUUUCGUGGUAAAAUUUUGUUUUUGAACUUGAUGUUGUUAAAUUCUUGGUAGCAGUGGUUCAAGAAGUUGAAGUUAAUUGUUAAGAUGCUAUUUUAUUCACAUUACGGUUUAACUGAAUCGGUUUGCAAAUUGCAAUUGCAUAUGUAGCAAAUUAACUGAAGCUGUGGAAGGAUCUAGUUUGCUCUUAGAAGAACUAUUCAAUCAUUUUUAAUCAAUAAGAAUCGUUAUGAAACUUUGAUUUAUCUACUCUAUUUGCUUAAAAGUUCUAUCCUAGAAGUCUUCCAAAGUUUUUCCUUGUUUUAAUCCAUUGAUCAACCUUAUUUUUUGACUCCACUGAAAUAGAUUUAAAAAAAUCUUAUAUAGAAUGUACUCUACUUAUGGGUUAUUCCCGUCAUUCCACGCCAAGUGACCAUAUCACCAGUAAUCGACAUUAAAGGAUUUUCAACAAACUUGGGCAAAAUAUCCAUUCAUCUAUUCAUUUAUUAUCUAUUUUCAAAAUGUUCAAUUUUUAUGCCGAAACGGAGGAUCACUAGGCUCCUGGGAUUAUUGCUUCAAGAUUUUGGUUCAGGAUGUUGUAAGAAUUCACACCAGAGAUAUCUUCAAGUAUUCUUGGUGUACUUUUUGCAGAUUUAAGAAAAAAACACUAGGCGAUUUUUUCAGGACCACUUUAUGAGGCACAUGAAUUUUUCAGAGUACAUACCACGGAUUUUCUCCGAAAUUUUGAUUCAGUGUUUUAUUAAGAUCUUAUUCAGGGGUCUUACUGAAACAAUGUUAUGCCAAAUAACCAGUAUGCCAAACAACCUUGUGCCAAAUGGCUUUAUACCAAAUUACCCAGACCCCUUCUAAUGUUUCGCCAGGGAUUGUGUUACAUGUUUCUGCUGAAAUUUAAUCACAAAUUGAAUGCUUGAUUUGUAAAAAGGUUUCCUUUGGGUAUUACUCGGAAAAAUCUUGAGGAAUUCAGCCAGUUCUCAGUUCCCCAGGAAAUCUUUUACAAAUUUUCUCCAGCAUUAUCAUAUACCUAGUUUUUUUUAAUUAAACUUCUCUAAGAUUUUUGUUCGGCAUUUCUUCAAGUAAUCAAUCAGAUUUUUCUCUAAGGGUAAUAUCAGAAAUCGUUUAUCUUUUUUUUCAGGAAUUCACUCAAACUGUUGCUGAAAAUGUCUUUAGGAUUCUUUCUAGGACAUUGCAAGAAAUUCUUAGAUGAUUUUCGUUCAGGAUAGUACAAGAACUCGGGGCUUUCCUUAGCCGAGAGGUAAGAAUCCGCUGCUAUAAAGCAAAGCCAUGGUGAAGCUGUCUGGGUUCGAUUCCUGGUCGGUCCAGAAUCUUUUCGUAAUGGAAAUUUCCUUGACUUCCCUGGGCAUAGAGUAUCAUCGUAUCUGACAUACGAUAUACUGUGGAAGUGCUCAUAAGAACAUUAAGCUGAGAAGCAGGCACAGUUCCAGUGAGGACGUAAUGCCAAGAAAGAAAAAGAAGAUUACUAGAACUCAUCCAGAUUCUUUUCUAACGAUACCUUCAGAAUAAACUCAUCGGCUUUCUUCAGACUCUCUCAGGAACUCCUCUAAAGAUUAUAAUAAUAAUGGUUCAAAAAUAGGAACUUAAGAGACAUUAUGCCUGGA